AUGUCGACCACUACUACUACUCAGACCACCAACACAGUCUCGCACUCUCAGGUGCAACUGGCGGCGGCACCUGUCGCCGUUGGUCACAACUUCCAGGACCUCGCUCGCGGAGAUCGCGCUGGGCGACUGAAGCUCAAGGGCAUUCCGACCUUCUCGGACCCUGUGGCCCAGCGGCAAUGGAUGAAAGAGCACAUGGCUGCAGCAUUCCGGUUCUUUGCCAAGCACGGAUAUGCUGAGGGCAUUGCUGGCCAUAUCUCGAUGCGUGACCACCUUUGGCUGAACCCAUAUGCGAAGCACUUUGCCGAUAUGAGGGCAUCUGACCUGGUCCUCGUCGACCACGACGGCUAUGUUGUCGAAGGCGGAAACCAGGCCGUCGUCAACACGGCGGGGUUCAUCAUCCAUUCCGAGGUUCACAAGGCGAGACCAGAUGUCUGGGCCGCUGCCCACGCUCACAGUGUCCAUGGCAAGACAUGGAGCGCGUUCGGCAGACCGGUUGAUAUGCUCACUCAAGACUCGUGCAACUUCUAUGGCAAACAGAGUGUCUACGACGACCACGGAGGCGCAGCACUCGCUCAGGAGGAAGGGCAGGCAAUCGCAGCAGCACUGGGCAAGGAUAACAUGGUCUGCAUUUUGAAGAACCACGGAUUAUUGACAGCAGGUCGUACAGUUGACGAGGCAGCCUUUCUUUUCUACAGCCUCGACAAAGCCUGCCACUCGCAGCUCAUGGCGGAAGCCGCGGCUGCUAACUCGAUCGCCAAGACAAUUAUCUCGGAUGAAGUUGCUCAGUUCAACGCUGAAGUUAUUCAGAGCGCGGAUAACUUCUACAUUGAGUUUCAACCCGAGUUUGAUCUGAUUGUGAAGGAGAGCAACGGAGAGGUGCUACUAUAG